CACCCCUUGCUGUCAGUGACGUUAUUUGAAGACAUGCUGAGCCUCCGCACUUCCUGAGAAGUUUUUCUCAUCACAUGUGCUUUGUGUCUUUCUGGGCUGCUUGCAGGUUUCACUGGAAACACCAGCUGCAGUGAUGCCAAUCUGAUCGGGAACGAUAGAGAAGAGCCAGAGAAGGAGGAGCACGAGGAUGAGGCGUGAGGUGCCGCUGCCCCUCCUGGGCCUCCUGCUGUGUGUGGUUGGUGCAGCAGCUCAGGAGGACCAAAACGAAUUCACAGUGGAGAUUUCUGGAACCACAGUGACAAUCACAUGUCCCUUCUCUGGAAACAAAAUAAAUUGGAAGCCAGAUGGGAUAAAAACAGACGGCAAUAAGUACAUUAUAGAGAAUCAUGACAGCUCUCCUCUCACUCUGUCUUGUGAAGACGGCGGUAAAAAGCACGCAAUGUACCUGAAUGCCAAAGUGUGCACAAACUGUGAGGAGCUGGAUACCUUGACUGUGACAGGGAUCAUCAUCGCGGAUCUCCUCAUCACCUUGGGGGUUCUGAUUUUGGUCCAUUACUUCAGCAAAAACAAGAAGGGGCAGUCGAGAGCUGCAGCUGGCAGUCGGCCACGAGCUCAGAAGAUGCAACGUCCUCCCCCUGUUCCAAACCCAGACUACGAGCCCAUCAGGAAAGGCCAGCGAGAAGUGUACGCAGGCCUGGAACACAGGGGCUUCUGAAAUUCCCCCAGGUACCAGGCUGGAUGGAAAACAGAGGCAGAAGAGCUGAGUGCUUCUGGCUAGCUUGCUGCUGGCUCUCUGCAGACCCGCUGAGACCAGGUGCCUUGAGGUCAGCCGACAGCUGGACAGGACAGGCGUCCUGCUGCCCUAUGCUGUUCCACCCCAUGGUGUUCCUUCAGUUUGACAUUAGGGCUAAGAAAUCUGAGCCCAUUGGCAGAGAAGUUUUCCCUCUCACUAAAGGCCUGGAGCAUCACUCAUCAUUUCUAAUCUCCUUCGCCCCCUUUCUCUCUCUGCUUCAGUUGCAUGCUCUGACUUCCCCUCCAAUUUCAUUUUCUGUCCCAAUUGCCUGCCACUUGCUGCCCUUUCCUCCCUGGGUAGCUGGUGCAUGAAAUGAGGGUUCUUCUCAAAGGGAUUGGCCUCUAAUGCUGUCCUUCUCUAAAAGAGACAAAUUGCUACCAGUACAUGCAGAUAGGGCCAUCCAACCCAUUGCCCUUCUGUGGGAAAUGAGUAGGGCUGAGUGCCCUUUGCAUCUGGGUACCUUUAUGUCUCACAUCUUCAUUAAAACAUCCCAUAAGGGUUAGAUGGGAAUUGGGCACUUUCCCAAGUCACCUGAAAGCCUACUGGGAAAUUAAAAUGGUUGGCUGAGUGUGAGAUUUUUGUUACUGUUAAAUUAUGGGGCUCUUAGGCAUUUCAGAUUAGAUUAGAUUUGACUCCCACUUAGAAAUGAGUACCACGUUUUCAGUUUGACUGAAACAGCAUGCCAGGGAUUUUUGUGUUCCCACAUUGAAACUGAGAUCCUUGGGUUCAGCCCCAGCACCAGCACUCCAUUCUGCAACAGCUGGAAUUGAAAAGAAUGUGUUGGGGCCAUAGAGAUAGUGGCCUCAACACAAAUCCAGGACAGCAUCGAACUCUUCUGUGAACCUGUCCUUCCAUUUUUACUGAUAUUUUGUGUUGUCAUGUGUGAUAAAAACAUCUAUUUGAGUGGGCUGCACCCUAAAGGCUGCCCAAGUGCAUUUGCUGCCCAAGAAGCAUUUGCUGUUUCACUUACCAGAGCUAUUGCUGCAUAGAGCUUCUUGUGAUCUAUCCUUUAUUGCUUCCCUUUUCCUCUCCAUUUCAGUUCUGGCACUUGAGCUCUGCUUGGGUUCUAUUAGAAAGAUGUCAGACUACUUCACCAUUGGUAAAAGUCUAUUUUAGCUUUUUUUUUUUUAAUAUACAUUUCAAAAUUGUAAUAUAUUAAUAAAAUGAGAGCCAACAUCCCCAGAUAUGUAGCAGAAAAGA